UCAUUGCCAGCAGCAGCCAGCGCAGUUCUGAAAGCGCACGCACAUACGUACGGAUUAUCUGUGUACAAAAUGAAUGUAAAAAUAGCGUAAUGUACAGGCAGCCAUAUUGAAACUUCCUCGAUUGAAAAAGCCGGUGUAAUCACAAUUAUUCACUCAUUUCUAUUCAUCUUAAGUGUAAUUAAAAAACAUUUUCUAACAUACGUGGAUCUACCCUGUCAUGUCCACAAUGAAUCCGGAGUAUGACUACCUGUUCAAACUUCUUUUAAUUGGUGAUUCAGGUGUAGGCAAAUCAUGUCUUCUUUUAAGAUUUGCAGAUGAUACAUACACAGAAAGCUACAUCAGUACAAUUGGAGUAGAUUUUAAAAUUAGAACGAUUGAACUAGAUGGCAAAGUAAUCAAACUUCAAAUAUGGGACACAGCAGGUCAAGAAAGGUUCAGAACCAUCACAUCAAGUUACUACAGAGGAGCACAUGGAAUCAUAGUUGUAUAUGAUGUCACAGAUCAGGAAUCAUUCAACAAUGUCAAACAAUGGCUACAAGAAAUCGACCGAUAUGCAUCAGAAAACGUCAACAAACUACUGGUAGGCAACAAAUGUGAUCUAACGACAAAGAAAGUAGUAGACUACACGACAGCAAAGGAGUAUGCAGAUCAACUUGAGAUUCCCUUCCUAGAGACAAGUGCAAAGAAUGCCACUAACGUUGAGCAAGCUUUCAUGACAAUGGCUGCAGAGAUCAAGAACAGGAUGGGACCAGGCAGUGUACCUUCAGGCAGUUCACAUGAUAAGAUUAACCCUAGCACCACGCCAGUCAAACAAAGUGGGGGUGGUUGCUGUUCUUAAUAGAUCUAGCACUAUUUUUUUCCUUAUUUUAAUUAGCUUUAUAACACACAUUAUAAUUAUUUUGUGUCCUUUCGGGGCAGGCAGUGAUAAUGAUUAAAAAUCCCAAUAGAAUGAAUAUAUCACUCAUUUAUUUUGUUUUAUUUUGACUUGUUUAUUUAUACUAAUUAUUUUGUUGUUGAGAAAUAUGAAGAGAAUCCUGGGAUUGAAUUGACUGGCACAGUACAAGAUCAUUGCUUCACCCUGGCUCUUUGUUUCUGCCAAUGUGUAAAUGAUUUCCAUUAAUGCAAUUGCUAGCAUAUCAUGGUGGAAAGUCUAAGUCUAUCAAGGUAUAUAUCAUCCUAUGCCAUGUGCAGAAUUUAGGAGCAUUCAAUGGGGUAUGAUAAAAAAGAUAACAGGUGAGCAUGGUAAACUAAUUAGAAUGUCACGGUCACAAGGAUCUACAAUUAGAGGAAGUAAAUGAACAUUAUACAAUCUGACUAGCUUGGUAUGGUUGAUUAGAUUGUGCGUUGUUUGAAAUCAGCCUCUAACCAUUUGCUCUAGACACUUCUGGUUUGCCCACACACACACCUGUUUCCCCUUACAGAGAUCUGGUGGGGUUUUCAUGAAUGUUGUCGGCACUGACUAAAUUGUCAUUGCUGACUAUUUCAGUUAAGUCCUUGCUUUUGAUUGGCCUAGAAGCUCUGGCCUCUGACUGUUACUGUGGUAACUGUCCGAAAGAUAUCUUGUCAGUGCUUACAACUUUCAUGUGAUGGUCACCUGUUCCAGACUUGUUGGUGGAAAGUCCCUUUGCUUUGACAGUUGGUUGGUUGGUUGGUUCACCACCCCCAAUUACUCCUUGAUAUCAUCCCUUUAUGGGUUUAUCAGAGCAAACCACUUAAAGUCUUACUCUAUCAGUUUCAUGUGCCAGAAACUGGACAAUCUAUCUGUUUUCUGCUUCAAAAAUAAUGUGCUCCUUGAUAUAUGAAACAUACACAAAAGAAACUAUAAAUGUGUUGUAAAUGUAAUUAUGAUGAAAUGUGGAUGAUAAAAAAAAACCUAGUCUUGUGCACAUCCUUGUAUAAAUACACUUUAUUAUAUAUGAUAUAUAUAUACUUAUACCAGUAAUUAGUUAUCAAUCAUUGCUUUUUUUUCAUCUUUUUAGUCUUUGCUUCAAUGACAUAUUUUGGAUAUAUUUGUACCAUUCCAUGAUGAAGAUAUUAUUGUUUUUUUGGAAGCAUGUGGCCUAAUGCUGUCUUACUAUUUUCCCUCUGUCUUGUUUGUUGGAAUGCUUCUAAGUAAUAAUUAUUGAGUCAAACUUGUUUGAGAACUUGUUUUACUCUACAGUCUAGUGUGGCAUACAUUUUGAAACCAUAAUAAUGUAGAAAUUAUUCAGGGGACUUGGCUUAUCACUCAAGAAUGUGUUUUGUUUUAUCGUUUUUUUUUUUUUUAACCUCACCAUGUAUUAUUUGAGCCUUUGAAAAUGAAGAAAGUUGAUAGGUUUUGACCUACUGAGAGGGCACCAUCAUGUCCUGAUAUUUUCAAUGGCUUAAAUAAUUAUGGAUUUGCUAAUGGAGUGUACAGAUUUGACAUUGUAGCAACCGUAGAUACAUGCAUGGCUCAGUACAGGGCAAUAUUGUGGGUACUUCCAUUCAGAGCGCAAAUAUAGAUAUUGAUAUUAUUAGUCAUCAGUUAUCCCAAUUCUUAACAAGUAACUUACAUGUAUAUGGGUGUGUAAAUGUCAAACACUUAAAUUGAUUAUUUUGUACUUUGUGUCAGCCAUGGUGGUUGGCUCUACUAACUUAAAGUCAAACUAUUUGAUAUGUGUUUUGAGAAUGUACAGGUUAUGCUCCAAGACCAAACUGUUUCAAAGUUAACACAUAUUUAUAUCCAAAAAGCAGUUGGUCUUCAUUAUACUCCCUUCUGUAUUGCAACAACAAACAAAAGUAAAUAGAUUAUAGAAUAUUUCACAAUGUUAUUGUGCUAUGUUUCCAUGUACAAACUGUACAGAUGAUUGAUUGAGAUGCUUUAUACAUGGUUUGUAUGAAUGGAGGGAUGGAUAGAUAUGCCAAGUGAAUUUAAUUUAUCAGUAAGGAGUAGAUUUAUAUUUGUAUUUCUCUGUACUUUUUUAAAGAUAGAAAUAUUGAUUCUUGAGGCUUGUUCAGACAUGCAGUGGCAGUGCCCGCAAUAUGUUUAUCAUUGAGGUAUGAUGUAACAUUUAGCCAGUGAAGAUCUUCUACUAUUCCAUUCUGUACUUGUGUGUCUACCCUGUUGUUUGCUCUUCUUGCUCCGUAGGUCACACAAGCCUAAUAAAUUUAAAAAAAAAAGCUGUCCAAUGAGCCACACAGGUAUACCUCUGUGUGUAUGUCUAUUGUCCAAUAUUUUUGUUCAAUUAUGUACAAAGCAUUUUGCAGAGGGGCAGCUUGUCAUGUUGCUUCAUUUUGCCAUAGGCUUUUCACACAAAAAUAUGGGGUUGAUGCCUCAUGUCUUAACAAGCCUUUAUAUGUCUGUCUGUGUGGAGGUCUAUUCUUGUUCCUUUCUUUUUUUGUAACAAAGCAGAGAGAGAUUUAAAAUUUCAAAUCAUUGAUGAAGGAUAUGCAGCCACCAAUGUUGUCUCGUCUAGACUGACCAUACUGGUUACAUGUUCUUUAUGUCAACUAUCUUGCGUAGCUAAAUACUUCAACCGUUCUAGUGUACAUUAAAUCAUGCACAGAUGAGGCUUGUGAGACAGAACAUCCUCUGGCCUGUUUUGCCGCUUCGCUUUCGUGGUUUCCAUUUUAAAUCACAAUAACAUCAACAAAAGGUAACUACAUAGAUCAGGGGACUUUGAUGAUUGUUGUGAUACAAAAUACUUAUUGCACAUAGUGUUUAUUUUGAAAAAUCAUUGGUUUAGAAGUGGGAGGGGCACAACUCACAUGUUCAGUUAUAUUCCCUCAUGAUAUUAUAUGUAUUUAUGACAGUCUGUUUUCCUUAAAAUUUUUCUUAAGGCUCCAUGAACAGCUAGUUCAAUGAAAAUGAGAUUAUUUCUGGACUUUUCAAAUUUUCCCACUAAGAUGAUUCCCUUUACUAAGAUGUACAAAUAAAAACUAGCAAUGCGGGCUUCCAAGUCAGUGAUAUUCGGCAGCAAUUAUCAGUAAUAUCUUUUCUGAUUUUAAUGAAUACAUCUCCCCCCUCCCCCUGCUUCCUUCACAUGUACUCUGUGAUUUUAAGUCAAAUUCAGAAAUACAUCUCACUACUUUCUGCUCAAAUACCACCAAAGUAUGAAGGAAUGGAAGGAGCAGUGAUUCUGAAAAUUAUAAGGACAAGUAUAUUCUGCACAACUUAUGUUACUUAUUUCCUGUACAAUGUACUUUAACAGAUUUGUUGACUUUCAGAAAAUGUCUGAUGGUGUCAAACUGAUGGGAAAUUCCAAUAUUUGCUCUUUUUUAUGUAAAUCAUAAUUGUGUAAUCAAGACAUCCCAAUGUACUUAGCUCAACAGCAUAGAUUCGUUAAAUAUUCUUGAUAAUAAUAUGAAUAACAGAUAAAUGGCAGUAGUAGUUAGACAUUGUAGCCUUGGGAUGCUGACUUAUUUGCAGAUAAAAGAAUUUUCUGGAAAAAAAAUGGAGUGAAUUUGAUUAAAUCCUCUUCUGUAUUAAUAUCUUCAUACCAAUAAUUUGUUCCUUCACUUUUCCGUUUCAAAUCCCUAAAUUAAAGAAUGAGAAAUAUCAUAUGAAAGUGAUUCAAAUUGUAUACACAAAAUAAAAUGCUUUUGUGUACAAUAACCGCUUUUAUCACAACUUUCCUACUAUAUAUAUAUGUACACUGUUAAUAUAUAUAACAUGAUAUAGAUAAUUAUUUACUGCAUUUUGUGUAAUAGUAGUUAUAGUUAUAUAUCAUAAUUUGCUAAAAAUUCGGAUGUUUCUUGUAGAUUACUGGACAUAGAGAUUUCCUUGUCUUUUUAUGCUUUGUUCCCCCCAACAAUUAGACAGAAUUCUUGUACGAGCAUUUAAUAGGGAUAUGUGUAUGUAAUAAUCAGCGAUCUGUUUUUGUUGUUUCAGUACAGCUACGUGUGGAGAAAUCAGUCAUGUCAUCACCCUGUGUGCACUGCAAUUGCUGACUCUCAGUUUUUUUUUUCUCUGUGUGUUAAUGGAUUUGUAAAAAAAAAGGAGAGCUUAAAAGAGUACAGUCUUAGGAACUUUCCAGAUUUAUACCAAAUUGUAGAUGAAUUUAAUAUAGCUUGUAAAUUGAAAGUCAGCAAUUUUGAGUGAUGUGUACUGAGAAGUGUGUUUUUUCUCUCUCUUUAUCUGGGGAUUUUACUCUGGUGUAUUUUUUGUUUAUUGAUUAUUACUAUCACUACUAUGUCAAUUAUAUCUGUACAGACUUGUUCUCUGCAUUUGCAUAAAAAUUGUCAAAAUUGCUUCAUUAUGAUGAACAUUUUCCAGAAAAAAAAAAUGUGUAGUGUACUGAUUUAUAAUGUUAUAUGUAUGUAAGGUCUCUUAAGAACAGGUUUGGAACAUUAUAAAAAGAAAUGUUGGAGAUAAUAAAAAUGGUAGAGUGUUUGAUGGAGAAGUAAAGAUGAAGAAUAAACAUCUUGAAGUUGUCAUGUGACCGUCACAUGACUGUCAUGUGACAUCCAUCCAGUACAAGCUGCUGAUGUAAUUAUGGCGGUUUAUUUCGUAGAUAACAGAAAUAAACACAACACAUGAUGUGG